CUCAGACCGCACGCACACGUGGAGCAAACAGGCAACGAGAAAGGACAAGGGAGAAGACAGCAAAGGAGCAUAAAGCUGCCAGCACAGAGCAGUCUACACUAGUUUGGCUUUUGGAAGUAAAGCAGGUAGAAAGAAGUUAUAAAACAAGAAAAGAGACGUUAAAAAGAAAAGGCUCGAUCUUCAGGUGCUAUUUUGAGUUCUGUAUUAUUCGUAAAGGAGUGACUUAAGAUUUUAAAAGACUUUGGUGAUGUGAAGUGUUAUGGGUUUUAGUUUCUGAGUAGAUAAUAGAAGAAUAGGGCAGAGGUGGAAUCUGAAUGCACCUGCAGCAACAGAUCAGAAGACCGACCUUUUCUGGCCUUGAUCUGUAGAUCAACCUGCUGAUGUUUUACUAACGAGGGUUAUAAACCAAGCCCACUUUGUCAAACGCUAAUUGACACUUGUUGGGAGCUCCACUGCUUUUUGCUGCCGAAUUCAUCAAGGUAAAAAUGACUUUUGCCAUGCUACGCACUCCACCUCCAGCCGGCCGCUUCUUGUAUGGAGACAUCGGCCUCCUAUCAGAAGACGACGAUGACAACUGCAGCGAGGGGUCAGGCUCUGAGGACCGAACCAGCAACUCUUCCAAUUCUGCAUCAUUUCGCCAGUCUGCCUUCCACAUCAAGGUGAACAGAAAGAGGAAGAUGUGUGGGAGUGCAGGUGUAAGUGUCUCUAACCUGACGGGCAGGCUGGGCCCCCCAGGCUCAUCUCCUCCUGGGGAAGUUCGCCAGAGAACCGCAGCCAAUGCACGUGAGAGAGAUCGCACCAAUUCAGUCAACACGGCGUUUACGGCGCUGCGCACGCUCAUUCCCACUGAGCCGGCCGACAGGAAACUCUCAAAGAUCGAGACGCUACGUCUGGCCAGCAGCUACAUCAGCCACCUGGGGAACGUGCUGCUCCUUGGCGAAGGUCUUCAUGACGGACAGCCCUGCCACGCCCCCUCGCCUCCGUUCUUCCACGUCAGCUCCUCGCCGACCAGAGGAUCCGACCAGUCGGCUCAGCCUAAGCACAUCUGUACCUUCUGCCUCAGCAACCAGAGGAAAAUGAACAAAGACAGAGACAGGAAGACAAGCAUCCGAAGCUAACGUCAAGGGACAAACCACACUGACAAAAUGUUCAAGAUGGGGCUUCAUGGGACUUUUUUUUAACAACCACUGCAGCUGGAAGACCAACCAGAUUCUGAUGCAUUUUAAAGACCUUUGAAGGAUUUCUGUAGCACUUCCUCUUCCUUUACAAGGAAAUUUUUAAUAUUUCCUUUUUCUAUUACUUUAUACAAACUCUUUUACAGCGUGGAAUCAUGAACAGUACUUUCCAUGGAUUUUCACCUGCCUAUCAGGACCGUACAAAAUCUUAUAAGUACUUAAUAAAUCAUGGCACAUGAUGACUAAAAACUUACAAAUUUGUAUUCAUUCAAAGCUGUGUCUUAUUAAAAUGUAAACUGAUAUAAAAAUGUAUAUUUAUGUAACAUAACAAUAUAUAAUGAAAGUGUGUUAUUUAACAAACUAUGGCAUUUUUUUGAUAUUUUGCAUUGUUUCAAUUACAGGCUUUGGUUACUGACUCAGUUUGUAGCAUCACAGAAAACAUGCUGGAACUAUGCUGGUAAUGUUUCUUUCUAUUUUUUUUUAUUUUUUAUUCAUCCUUGAAAGGGAAAAGAAAAUCGAGUUGACUAAUAAAAUGUUUUUAAAUCUGGGA